GUGACAUUUAUGGGUCGUAGGUUAUUUGUUUGGAUAAUCAUUUUUCGGGAACACAAAGAACAUCUUAUCUUAAUGGAAUAUCAAAAUGCCCUUGCCAUCGUCUUAUUCUCCAAACUAUUUUUCCAUAGACGAUAUCUUGGCAACGCAAGAGCGCACGCCUUGCAAGUUCUUACUGAAUGUCCCAAAAAUGGGUCAACUCAAUCCAUCAGCUGCUGAACGAGACCUUAAAGCAGGGACCUCCUUGGAGCUUCCACUUUGGCUCGUGAUAGAAAUGUCCGCUGGACGACAGCCUAUCAUCACUCCAGAAUUGCCGAAAGUAUUCAGAGAAUCUUACAGAGAGAUACUAAAAGCUGAUGCAUGUGCAGUCGAUCUGCACAAGUACAGCUUGCAUUUUUAUGAAGUCGGAUCGUAUGUGAAACACUUUGAUCGCAGAGGAGAUGUUCAUGAGAUUCUUUUGCAUACGUUCAAGACGAGAUAUAGGCAGUUGAUGGACUUGGCAGACAACAGUGUAUCGGAUCCCUCAGUUCAACAUUCCUUGGACACGCUAGAAAAGAGAAUUUUCGUUGCGUCUCAUUCUGCAAGGACGAAACUGAACAGCUGGCUAAUCAAGUCAGGAUCACCUCUUGAAGCUGCAGAGUUGGUAGUCAACCACAAGAAGCGUAAGAGAGUUGAUGUUGAUGAUAUGAAAUAAACAUUUGUAUGUUUUUGUUAACAAUAUUUUAUACUACAUGGCAGCAUAACGAGCGACGAUGUUAUUGGCGUCUAUCUCGCAGCGUGACGAGCUCUCAAGGUCACAAAUUCGCAUUCUAAGAUGUCAUAAUCUCGUUAAAGAACGUGGAUAUGAAACUGCCGUGGAGAAAAUUUUUAAGGCUUAUUUGUGAAGACUCAAAAUUGUCUUCACAACUUUUUUCUAUAUUCAAUAUUUAUCGGACCAUAACAAAAAAAAAAGUUGCUCAAAAAUUGUUCAGUUCCUGUCUAUAGUAAGCCCAUCAAAAAAAUGUAUAUGAUUCAAAAACACAAUCAAUGUAAAAAAUAUAUAUUCACAUUAAGUACAAAUUCAAUAUUUCACGUAUCAAUGAUUAAUAAAUUCAAAAUGUAAUGGCGGCAUAUUUUUGGGUUGUAUAUACAUUUUUGUUUUGUCUAGCUCCAAAUGAUAACCAGACUUGAUUGUUACUUUGUACAUGGAUAAUAUCGAUAUUAUGGCUAAUUUUAUAUUCAGUGUUGUUAGACGACGAUCUAAAAUUGAAAAAUAAAAAAUUAUUCAAGAAACACAAACAGAA